GGCAUGGCAAAGAUCCCGGCUGAGCAAUUGCGAUGGGUAGCUGAUCAAGGCCAGCGUUGCUUGGAGGUGCUUGUCCAAAGACCCGACUUCACUCCUUGCUUUCCGGCGACCAUCAGGGUGCCCAAGGAGGACUGGCUCCGGCUUUGCUGGUGCGAAGACUCCGCCGUGGAGGUUUCAGAAAGGGGGAUGGAGUUUGAUCUUGAGGUCCUUGCGAUGCUGCAGCUCAAUUUCCGUGACAGGCGCCAACUAGCACUUCGGCCACCCUUGGCCAUGUGUCAAUGCCUCUUCUUCCACGACCUUCGUGUGGUGGGCGAGGUGGCUGAGACGAAGAUCAUGGACAUCAUCUACCAGGUCUGUGGCCCUGAGAUUUUGCUGGAGGCGUUCGAGUUGGAGGAGGUGGAUGGUGUUCCAGAGGGCCAGCGGCAUUGGAGGCUCUUCUUUGCCUCGGUCGCGAGUGCCUUGGACGAACAGACCGCCUAUGGCGCCUACCAGGCCGUGAGAGAGGCCGUGAGGGCUGCAGAAAUGACCUUGUGCUAGAAGAAAAGGUCUGGCUGAGAAUGUGCUGCGACCGUCAGGGGAGGGUGGACGUGUUCAUGUUCAUGUUUGCCGCACCUGCCCGUCUCGCCCAUGAUAUGGUAUGAUUGGUAUGACAUGGUCAGAAUCACAAUCCGGCUCAGAAGUGGAACGGUCAGACGGAGACCCAAUCUCAAUGAUUCUCUAUUUCCCAAGGCUGCAGAAUCAAAUGGUUGAUCCAAAGGUGACGAAGGACCCAUCCAAAGGUUAGAAGGACAUCCGCCAAUCUCGAUCCAAAGGCUGCAGAUGGAGGGUUUCUCUACGUGUUUGUUGAAGAUGCGUCGCAGCUUGACCGGAGACCGGAGACCCUUCUACGACCGGAGACCCGGAUGUGGGUGCCCUGGCCAUUCACUGAAAAAUGAGAUGCCCAACUUGUCACUUCAAUGACCGACCCGUUUGGAGUGAAAGUGAAACAUUGAUGCCCAACUUCUAAAAGUUUUGGGAAUUCCUCUCGAGUCAUGACGUGGGAACUGGUGCAGAUGCUGUCUCUUAGAGGGUAGAGCAGCGGGGGAAGUUGGUCUAGGUGGGUUUAUCAAUUGUAUUGCAACUACUAUAUAUAUAUAACAACAUAGACAAAAUGCCAUAUGUAUAUUAUAGAUCUAAUUAUUUACUGU